GUGACAGGAUGUAGCAUUAGCUGUAAAAUAUUACAUAUUUCAUAACACAGCCAGUGUGUAACUUUACCUGACGCGACGGAAAUGCUAACUCCAUUAACCUCUUGUGGACGUGCGCGUGAAUGUGUGUUGUAUAAAUGGGUGCUAUUUAAAAUAUCAGAAACAUUUUGCGGUGUUGUGAAAUUCGCUACGCAUGCGGUUUUUCAGACACCUUGGAUGCGUCUCAUAAGUGAAAUUGUUUAUUUGGGCUUUAUACGCGCGUGCUACAUUUGUGGAUUUACCUUAUGAAAAUGAACAUGGCUUUUUAUAACACGAUAUGCAUGUUUUUUGUUGCAUAGUUAUAGUGGUUACUAUAGUUCUUCUACGAAUACCACUAUAUGGUUAUGAUAGUGAAACCAUGGUUAUUUUUAUUUUUGCACUCUGGGGUUGGAAGUGUACUAAGUUUUAAGACACCGCCUGCACAAUGAGCGUUUCUUUGUCCUUGUUACUUCUCCCAGCGCAUAAUACUUAUACAAUUCAGACAGUUUAACAGACAAUAUUUAUAUGAGGUGUAAUUUAGUAAGGUUUGUUCCAUUGUGGUAUGUCCUCGUACUUAUUUAGGUGAAAGGCGAGCGUCUCCACCUCUUUUGUACCAUCAAAUACCUGACGUAAGACUUGUCAUUGUGGAAGUGAGUGUGCCCUGCUGGUGAAAAUGACUACAGACCGAGAGCCUCCUGUCACUGCUAAACUCCUCCAUCUCAUGUUUCUUUCCACCUUCUGGGGAAUGCAGAUAUGGGUCACCUUUAUAUCAGGCUUUGUGAUGGACAACCAUCUAAACAGGCACACGUUUGGCUUCAUCCAGAGCCGGCUCUUCCCGUAUUACCUGCAUAUCGGCUCAGCCUGCGCUUUCUUUAACCUCACUUUAUUCGCCAUGUACCAUCCCAGCGAGCUGUUGGAUGACAAAGAAGCCUUCCAGAUCUUAAUUUAUUUUGUCUGCGUGACUGUAGCUGCAGUGAAUGCCCAGUGGUUCGGUCAGAUGACGUCGGAAAUUAUGGCAGACAUGCAUUUGAUUGAGCAGGCCUGUGGGUUGGGUCAAGACAUCGGACUCUCGUCCAAUCGGGAGGCUUAUGCCAAACUUUGUGAGACCGACCCGAAGUAUAAACAUUUGAGUGGCCGUCUAUGGUUGUACCACCUGCUCUCCUCACUUUGUAACCUAUGCUGUAUCAUAUGUAAUGGUUACAGUCUAUAUUACCUGGCGGAGAACCUCACCACACUCUGA